AUGUCCCCAAAGCUACCUUCACGUCUAUUCCCUUACCUCAUCUUACUAACACUUGCAUCCAUCUGUCUCUUCUCUUCUCUCAUCUCUCUCCACACACCCUCUUCUUCAACCUCACAAUCACUUUCAAUCUCCAACUGCAACUUCUUCAAAGGCAAAUGGGUUUUCGAUCCAAAUUACACCCCACUCUACGAUGACACGUGUCCCUUCCAUCGAAACGCAUGGAAUUGCAUCAAAAACCAGAGGGGAAAUCUGAGCUUGAUCAAUUCGUGGAAAUGGGUUCCACAUGGCUGCCAUUUGCCUCGGAUCGACCCGUUUCGGUUUCUUGGUGUGAUGAUAAAUAACAACGUUGGGUUUGUUGUGGAUUCGCUCAAUGAGAAUUUCUUGGUUUCGUUUUUGUGUAUUCUUAGGGUUGCUGAUGAGGGUGCAUGGAAGUGGAAAAAGAAGGGUGCUUGGAGAGCCUACACAAGUAUUGAUUUCAUUGGAUAA